AUGCUGUUACGUCUUACAAUUAUUUUUGUUUUGCUACAGCACGGACACUUGCCGAAUCCUCCUAAACUGAGAGGUCGCUCUGUAUCUACACAGCCUCAGAAGAGAGCAGUUUCUCCACCAGCAACGCUUUCACGGCAAAGCACUCCAUCUAAAGUAACAAAAGAAGAGUUGGAUGCUUUUGACUACAAUGAACUUCCAGUGGUAUGUGGCUCUUCAAAUGGAAGUCUUCAUAAGCACAGAUUUGCAUCAGGGAAUCGUGGCAAGUGUGUAAGGACCACCAGUAAUUGGUGCACUCCGGAAGAAUUUGCGAGCAAAGAAGGUGGCCAGGAUUUGUCAUCAUGGAGGGAAAAAAUUUUAUGCAAUAAUGUUUCCUUGGACACACUGAUUAAGAAAGGAUAUCUGAAGCCACAUGUUGACACUUGCAUCUGUUCCAUUUGUGCAGAUGAAGCAAAAUUGCAGGAUGAAAAUGAUGAUGUCUGUGCUGUUUGCAAAGAUGGUGGUGAUCUGAGCUGCUGUGAUGAGUGUCCCCGUGCAUUCCAUACGAGCUGCCACAUUCCAGAAAUCCCAUCCGUUCCAGACUCCAGCACAAAAUGGAGUUGUACCAUAUGCAAUUUGGAAAACCAGAGGAAACCAAAAGCAGAACCACCUUUCUGCCUGGAAUCUGAAGUUCUCACCUGUGACAUGAAACCUCCACGACGUUUGAAAUGUGAAUAUUUACUGCUCAAACUUUAUAUCCAGGAAGAAAGUUCUGUGUUCGUACGAGAUCCCCGUGAAACUAUUCCUAACUAUGAACAUUAUAUUCCAAAACCAAUGUGGCUGAAUAAGGUCAAAUAUAAUCUGGCUGAUGGAAAGUAUAACACUGUUGGAGCUUUUGUUCGAGAUGUACGACAGGUGUUUUAUAACUGUGCUGAAUUUAACAAGGAAAAGAAUUCAAGGGGAUGGCUUGGAGAAGAUACAGAUGAGGAAAAAGAAUCAUCUAUAUGGCUUCCACACUUUGAGCUGAGGUCGGAGAAUUAUGAAACUGAACAUUGGAGAAGAAAACUCCAGGAAGAUUUUGAGAAAGCAUUCUUUGACGUGUUUGACAUUCGGGGAGAGGAGAAUGAGUCAGAAGAACUGAGUAUGACAAUUGAUGGAUGUGUGUGUUUUUUUCUUUUAGAGUAAUGAAUUUGGACGGAUGGGAAGAAAGCUCCAUGAAGAUUUUGACAAAACUUUCUGUGAAGUAUUUGACAUCAUACCAGAUUCAUUAAUUACGUCAGCAGACACUGAAUAUAAAUAAUUCCAAACAUGGUCAUUUGAACUGUAACCUGUUUCUAAGUUUUUUCUUUUGUUUUUUUAUCUUUUGUAAGUCUGUCUUAGGAUAUAAUGUACCAAAAUGUGCCUUAGGAGAUUUUUAUGCAAUGGGAAAACACGUUUUUUUACUGUAAUAUUACUUUAGUGCUUCUCAAAUAAAAUAUUUUAAAAGCUUUUCUACCUUAAAAGCUUUUGCAGAUAUUUGGUAGGGGUUUAAGAGUUUAUAACAUUGCCCACAUGUGGUUCUGUAAAACUACUUAUUUUUGACUUGUUUAUUUCAAAUUUUAAACUGUAAGGCCCUGUGAUUGCAAAUAAACGUUGCAGCUUACCUUGAGAACA